AUGUCAGAUUCAAACUCUGGCAAAAUUCCACAAGCACGUGCAAAAUCAUCUACUGAUCAUGAAUUAGUUUGUCGAUACAGUCUUCGAAAAAGAAAAUAUUGGCAAGCUAUAGAAAAUGCAACACCACAACAAUCACCAGAAAAUAUUACAUCUUCACCAUUGACAAUUGAUGAAACAACGCCAAUAUCAGUUGAAGAUUUGGAUCAAGUUAUAAGUGCUAUUAGUGACUAUUGUAGUAGUGAAUUGUCAUAUGUAAUAGAAAGAGUUGAACAAUUAGUGAAUAAAUUAUUUCUUCAAUUACCAACCUUAAAAAGUGCACGAGAAGAAGAUUUAUUUGUGCUUUAUUCUGAACGAACUAUAAAUAUAUUGAUAAAAUAA